UCUUCUUUCAGGUUAGCACUACCGAAGCGUCUAAGCCGCCGUGUUUGUACUUCAUUCCGCGUGCUCGGUAUGACAUCUGGGCCGGUUUCUUUGUCCUGCCAACCAGAAAACGAAAGCGGGUGAACGAUCAGAAAAAAAGAAGAUUAGAUCGAUCUAUGGGCCAUGGGUGGUAGAUUGGAAGUCGUUCAAACGGAAAUUUCACUCCUUCUGGAAAUGGGUGCUGGAUGGAAUCUAUCCAAACCCCUGUUCAGUUUAGAUUAGCUUUUGAAUUUGAGAGCUUUACAGGUAAGAAGGAAAGCAGUAUGAAUAUGGAUUUCCUUUUUAUACAUUCUUUUCUAACAGCAUUCGCUUUUAAACCAAGAAAACUGAAAACCAACCCGCGAUAGAAGAAAACUAUAUCAUCAUCAUCAUCAUCAUCAUCUAUUUAUAGUCUCCUCGGGGCGCGCCACAAAAGAGAAACCCAGUUCGGUAAUACAGAAGAAGAAAUGGUUCAUCCUGAGCACAAGUUUCUCCCGAAGAGAAUUAUCCUAGUGAGACAUGGAGAGAGCCAAGGUAACCUCGAUGGCUCCGCCUACACCACCACCCCUGACAACAAGAUCCCUCUAACCCCUCAGGGCCUCAACCAGGCCCGUGCCGCCGGCGAAAAGAUACGUCGCGUAAUUUCUGAUGAUGGGCAAUCUCAAAAUUGGAAGGUUUAUUUCUACGUUUCACCAUACCAACGGACCCGUUCGACCCUCUGUGAGAUCGGGAGGUCGAUCCCAAAGAAGAGGAUUAUUGGGGUACGAGAGGAAUGCCGGAUAAGGGAACAAGACUUCGGGAAUUUUCAGGUGGAAGAGAGGAUGAAGGCUAUUAAAGAGACCAGGGAGAGGUUCGGACGCUUCUUCUUUCGGUUCCCGGAGGGCGAGUCCGCUGCCGAUGUCUUUGAUCGAGUUUCAAGUUUCUUGGAGUCGCUGUGGAGGGAUAUAGACAUGAAUAGGCUUCACCGUGACAGCAACGAUGAGGUCAAUCUGGUGAUUAUCUCACACGGGCUGGCUUUGCGAGUCUUCCUAAUGAAGUGGUUCAAGUGGACGGUGGAGCAAUUCGAAUACCUAAACAAUCUGGGCAACUGUGAGUUCCGAGUAAUGGAACUGGGACAGGGAGGGGAGUACAGCUUGGCUAUUCAUCACUCGGAGGAAGAGCUUCAGGAAUGGGGACUCUCUCCUGAGGUGAUAUCCGACCAGAAAUGGCGAGCCAGCGCCAACAGGGGAGACUGGAACGAGAAAUGCCCGUGGUACCUGGAUGCUUUCUUUGAUCACCUGCCGGAUUCCGAUGAAGAGGAAGAUGCACGUAGCCAUUGUAAUGGUUCUAACUUGGAUGCUUGACCAUUAGGCUGCUUUGCAAUUGGGUGUCACUCGCUUGCCUUGUUUGAUCCGCGUUCUUUUCGCACUGCAACUUGUAAAUGAUAUCUUCAUUCAGUGGAAAUCAUAAUCCUCCAACCACUGUAACUUUUAUAAUCCAUAAUGCGCCUUUGCGUCCUUUGUAAGCCUUUUCAAGUGUUUUGGAACUUGAUCCCACAGCUAACAUUCUAUAGACCCUUUCUUUCACCUCUCGCACGAA